AUCGCUUGGAUGCUUGUUUGCACCGCACCGUAGGGAUGGAUGAGGACGCUCAUGAAGGAAGCAAGGGAGGCAGACACACGGACACUGACAGACAUGAGUAAACGAAUGAAGCCACAUAUCACACAUGGACAUCAACACGCACACGCACACGAAGGCCAUGUACUGGGUGGGUCGGUCGGUCCAACAGCCAAGUAGGCUUCCCCCGCCCGUCCCCCUCUCCCGCAGCAUCGAUAUGGAUGUGCUGUGCAGAGGGGGUGUGGUGCGGGCAGGGCUACAUGACAUGGGGGGGUGUGGGGGUCUGUCUGUCUGUCUGUCUGUCAGUCCUUCUGUCUUUUGGUCGGUGUGUCAUUUGUCCGUGUGUGUCAUGGCGUGGCGUGCACUGCACCCGUGGGUGGCUGUACACACGAGACUCCACAUGAGUCGGUCUUGGGGGUAGGGAUGGGGGUGGGACUGGGGCGGUGAAGCUGUCCGUCACACGAACGGACUCUGCCUUCGGUCAACUCUGCACACACAUACACACACAUACACACACACAUACACACAUCCACAGCAGCAGCCUCCCUCCCCCCCCUCCCCCCCACCCCCCCACCCCACACACACGCACCUUUAUUGCUGUGUUUAUGUGUUCAUGUCUUGGCUAGGUUGAGUGUGGGGUCGGCGAGGUCGGUCACGAGCGGCCGCUGUGCCAGCAUGAGGGGCGGGAUCUGCUCGAUGGUGUACAUGGCCGAGGCGGGGAUCACCUUGUGCACAGCCAUCUCGUUCAUGAAGGACUCGAUCAACUCCACACCCUGCACACCAUGUACCAAACACACACACACGCCAUCAUGCUGACCAUCCAUCCAUCCAUCCGUCCACCUGCUGCAGUGUUUGGUAGCCGGACUGCUCGUAGCAGUGGACGGCGAUGGUCUCCACCAGACGAGCAGACAACCCGCGCCACUCAGACGAACUGACAGACAGUGCACAAACAACCAGCCACGGGUCGGAUGCACCAUGUCUCUCUCUCUCUCUCUCUUUCUGUCUGUGUGUGCGUGUUUGUGUCUCAUUGAGCGGUGCGCUGUGCUGACCCGAGGGCACACCGCACCACAGACUUGACGAUGUCGGGCUGGCGGACGAACAACUUGGCCUACAGGGAAAUGGGGUAUAAUACGCGGGAUGGGUGUGCUGUGUCUCACCCUCCUACCUGAGCGAUGAGCAGCCCCGGUCGGUAGAAGUCCGCCAGAGCCCGCUCGGCCUCAAACAUACCCUGGAGGGCAGUACACACACGACAUCCUUCGCUGCGCCGCGCCCUCUCUGUCUCACUGCAAACUGUAUAGCCAGGUGCUUAGGUGCGUCUGAACCUGCAGUGUGUCUUGGUAGUUCAUGACGCAGCUCCAGAAGCACGCCGUCACGGGGCAACCCUCAACCUAUACACACAUCCACCCCACCACUGCAGGCUAUGUGUGUGGGGGGCGGAUGCGCAGCGCAUCCAUAAGUACUGACUGUGAAUUGUAGGUAUGGCGAUUUGACGGCCACCGAGUCGGCGUGCAGCUCCUUCGACUGCAUGAGCUGCACGGCAGCCGGGCCCAACAACUUGGCUACAUCCUACACACACACACACACGCACCUCUUUGUCUCUCCCCGUGUGUGUGGCGUCAUCGUGUGUGCGUGUCACGUCACAUGGAUAGGGUGCAUGAUUUCCGAUGUGAUGAAGACGAGUCGGAUGUGGGUGUCGUGUCCGAUGAUGGCCGUCUUCUUGGCGAAUGACCCGCACUCCAACGUGUCCACUAUGUGCACUGGCAGACUCGCGAAACACUCCAAACAACUCUACACACCACACCACCACAGGAGAGCAAGACAGCAUGGCUGGAUGGGGGUGUGGGUGUGUGUUGGUACCUUGACGAUGCGCUCGAUUUUCUGGCGGAUGGCCUCUUCGAAUGAGGGCGACCACAGACGCUCAUGCUGCCAGAUGGGAGGAGGUGAAUUGGUGGGUUGUGUGCCCAUCCAUCCAUCCAUCCACCGAUUACCAUUUUGUAGAGUGCGAGUUCUCUGUCGGCAUCGGUAGUCUGCGGAUACAACACCCCGAUCUGCACACAGCACAAGACAACACAACACAACACAACCACAUCCACCGUCCAUCAAACACGCACACGAAAUGCUCUCACACAUGGUGUUUGUUUCUUCUUCCAUCAGAUGCACCUGUGGGGAGUCUCCCGUCCCAACGCCCUUCUGCUGGCCGCCGGCAGAGCCACCCUUGGCAGCACCCACACCAACAACACCGCCAACCACAGAGCUACGCACCAUCCCGCCCUUACCCUCACCCUCACACACACCCACACCCAUACCCACACCCCGCUCCCCACCACCACACACAACUCCUGCACACACACACACACGCACACACAAACAAUUCAUCCACACGCAGCCGUGAGUGUGUCUCCCCCUCCCUCCGCUCUCAUCUCGGGGGGCCCACACCGACCCUUCUGCUCAUGCGUCGUGUCCACGGCUGCCAGGUCGAGCGGCUCGAGGGAGGGGCCGUGCGUCUGCUGCCGACUGGGACCGGCAGCUGAUGCUGAUGUUGACGCAGACGCAGCCCCAGCCUGGGCCGGUGCGGAUGAGGUGGACUUGCGGCCGGGCUUCUUAUUGGCGGAGUUGGUGGCGGUGCUCUUCUUCUUGUUAUUGCCGUUGCUGUUGCGGGGCUGCAUGGGGGGCUUCACCGGGUGCACCUCGCCGUCAGACGACACACGCAGGCUGCAGACCAACACACAGAGAGAGAGGCCACACACAUGGAUGGGGUGUGGUGUGGUGCGCUAGUCGCGACAAGGUGUGGUUCGUUGUAUGUGCACUAUACUGUUUGCAGUUGCGCGAGAUGUACGUGGGCAAACUGACACCACACACACACAGAUGGAUGGAUGGAUGGAUGGAUGGAUCCACAGGGGUAAAGGAAGACCGUUCCCUCCCUGCCUCACCUCUCAUCGAUAAGCGAUGAGAUGGUGCGGUCGAACUUGUCCGAGAAGCGGCCGCGGAGGCUCGACAGCGACAUGCUGCCACCCUCAGACCCAACGAUCCGCUCCAACUCAACGCCCACGUUGAACGGCACGAUACCAAAACCUACACACCACGCCACAAACCACACCAUUGCAAACACACAAAUGGACGGACGAAUGCAUCCACAUUGCCCAUGGCAUUGCAGCCGCCGCCGCUGCCGCUGCCGCUGCCUACCUUCAGGUACGAGCUCUACGACCUUCUUGCCAGCUCCGAGAUCUUCCACCAUGAGUAGCUCCCCCUUGUCGACCGCCAUGCUCUGCAGCAGGGAGCCGAAGUCCUCCGCCGAGGGCGGUGUGAGGCCGAACUGGCGCGUCCACAUGGGUCCCAGCUGUGAGAUGGGCGUGGCGCCGCUCUCCAGCAGCAACCACUCCAGGCGAUUUUUCACCAACGACGCCAUCGCAGGGGAGGGGAAGGGGGGAGGGGAGGAG